AUGGCAGCGGCGAGCCGCGGCGGCAGCAGGCAGCCUGUGAGCUCCGGCGGCGGCGGCCGAGCCAGCGGCAGCCCAGCUCGCUGCCCCCUGCAAACUUUCCUACCACCUCGUCCGAGGGGCCAGGGGGACAGCCCAGAGCACCCGCACCAGAAGCAGCCCCUGGAGCCGCCGCCGCCGCCGCCGCCGCAACCCCGGCACAGCAGCAGCAGCAGCCGCGGCAGCAGCUCCAGUGGCGGCAGUAGCAGUAGCAGCGGCGGCAGUAGCAGCAGCAGCAGCACCCAGUCUCCCCGGGGAGCAGCUGCCGAACCCCGAGUCCCUUGGCACUGCCCCCCGAGCCCUCCAGGGGGGACACGAGUGGUGCCUGGCCAGCUGACGCCUGCCUCCGGAGCUGGUGGCCGCGUGGGGGGCGGGGAGGGUGCCCACGGUGGAGGCAAGAGCCCCGACUGGCUGGGGAGAGCUGCAGUGCCAGGGGAAAGCGCUCCCAGCCCGGCCACCCAGGCACCCGGGGCUGGGGAGCCGCUGGACUUGGGCGAUGGGCGGCGCUCAGUGACGCCGCCGUUGCCCGCUUGGCAUCAAGGACAUCGAGCCCUCCGGGGGGGUGGGGUGGGGGUGCAGGGGGCAGCCCCCGAUCGUCAUUGCAGCCGCGGAGAGCCUCCACUGCUGCCCGGCUUUUGGGGGUAA